UACCUUUCACCUAUUUGUAGGAGGGAAGCGCGAGUCUGAACUGAAACUCACGGGCAACUAUGCUUGCAGCUCCUCCAAGGUUCAAAAACUGCCGCUCUGCUCAGUUUUCCCUUCUCCUUCUACGCUCUCUUUCUUCCACUCCAGCCUCCCCUAACUUCACUAAUCUCUCUACGCUCCUGCAGGGCCGCAUUUCACACUCUCAUCUCCUUCAAAUCCAUGCCCACAUCUUUCGAGUUGGUGCCAAUCAAGACAAUCUGUUAGCCACUCGUCUUAUUGGCCACUACCAAUCACGUAUCGCUCUUCGAGUCUUUCAUCAACUCCGAAGUUCGAAUAUCUUCCCCUUCAAUGCCAUUAUCAGAGUCUUGGCUGAAGAGGGUCUCUUUUCCCAUGCUUUUUCCAUCUUCAAAACCUUGAAGCAACGUUCCCUUUCGCCUAAUGACUUCAGCUUUUGUUUCCUCCUCAAGGCGUGCUUUCGGUCCAAUAUUGCACUUUAUGCCAACCAAAUUCAUACCCAUAUUGUGAAGAUGGGGUUUCUUGGUGAUUCAUUUGUAUGUAAUGCCCUUCUUGGAGUUUAUGCGAAGGGUCUUAAAGAUUUGGCAUCAGCACGUAAGGUGUUCGAUGAAAUGUCGGAUAAGGGAGUGGUGUGUUGCUGGACUUCGUUAUUGGCUGGUUACGCUCAGUUAGGUGAGACUGAGGAGGUUUUAAGGCUUUUUCUUAUGAUGGUUCAGCUGAACUUGCGGCCAGAAAUUGAUACCUUGAUCAAUGUUUUAUCGGCAUGUUCAAACCUUGAGAUUGAAAGAUUUGAGGAAUGGGUAAAAAUUCUAACAGAAAUCGACAAAAAUAUUGAUUCUAAGAAGUCUGGUCGUGACGCAGUGAAUACUGUUCUAAUCUAUUUGUAUGGGAAAUGGGGGAAGAUUGAGAAGAGUAGGGAAAGAUUUGAUGAAAUUGUUGAUAACGCCAAGACAAAUGUGCUUCCUUGGAAUGCUAUGAUUGGUGCAUAUGUACAAAAUGGUUGCCCUAUGGAGGCUUUAAGUAUUUUUCGCCUGAUGGUGGUGGAUCCCAAUAGGAAACCUAACCAUGUAACAAUGGUUAGUGUGCUUUCAGCUUGUGCUCAAAUUGGUGAUUUAGAUCUUGGUAGGUGGGUGCACGAAUAUAUGAAAUCUAUAGGAUCUAAAGGCAUUAUUAAAUCAAACAAAAUACUAGCCACGGCAUUUAUUGACAUGUAUUCUAAAUGUGGGAGCUUGGAGACAGCAAAAGAAGUUUUUGACCAGAUGGUCUCCAAAGAUGUUGUCUCCUUCAAUGCUAUGAUAAUGGGUCUUGCAGCAAAUGGUGAGGGAGAGGAGGCAUUGGGGCUUUUCUCCAAAAUGCAAGAGUUUGGUUUAAAACCCAACGCUGGAACUUUCCUUGGUGUUUUAUGUGCAUGCUGUCACUCAGGUUUAGCAGAGAAAGGACGCCAUAUUUUCAUAGACAUGACCUCAAGCUUUUCUAUUUCCCCUGAAUUAGAACACUAUGCUUGCUAUAUUGAUCUCCUUGCACGAGUAGGGCUGGUCAAAGAAGCUCUGGAGGUUGUUUUUUCAAUGCCUUUUGAGCCUAAUAAGUUUGUAUGGGGUGCUUUGCUUGGGGGUUGCCUGCUCCACUCUAGAGUUGAGUUGGCACAAUAUGUUUCCAGAAAGCUUGUUGAAGUGGACCCUGAGAAUUCUGCGGGAUAUGUGAUGUUGGCUAAUGCAUUUGCAGUUGAUUGCCGCUGGGGUGAUGUCUCUGCUCUGAGAUGGCUUAUGAGGGAAAAGGGAGUCAAGAAGCAGCCAGGGCAUAGUUGGAUCAGCAUCAAUGGUGUUGUGCAUGAAUUCCUUGUAGGUUCCCAAUCACAUCCUCAAAUUAAGAGCAUAUAUCAUACACUGGAUGGAUUGGUGAAGCAAAUGAAGGUAGCCAGUCCAUAAGCAAAUGAAGGUGCUGGUGUUACUUGGGUAAUCAUGCAUUCGAAGUGGUUUGGAUUUCUACUAUUUUUACCAGAAUUGGAGGGCUGGGCCGCUGGGAGUUCUUAGUGAGAUGCUGAGUACCAUUUGGCCCAUAUGUGAAGAAGACCCCCACCAAAAACUAAAGAUAUAAUUUAUGUAAGUUUCUAUAAUUUAUAAGUGAUGUGGCCGGUUCAUUCGGUGCACUACCACUCAGACUUGCUUUCCGUAUAUAUGUUUUAAUUUUGUUACUAAUUCAAUUUAGUAGACUCCAAAUAUAACUCUGUAAUCUCUCUUUGAGAGACAGAAGGAAAAGAAUAAGUG